AUGGCUUGGAAAACAAAUGAUGCAGAAUCUUUGCAAUCCUCUGACGAGCUGAAACGCCAGAAGAAAAUCAAAAUGGCCAUAUAUAUUACUAUUUUCGUUGUGUUUCAGAUCAUAGUUAUCACCGCAAUGAGUCUCACUGUGAUGAAAGUCAAGACCCCCAAGUUCAGGCUAGGCGGCAACAUCAACGUCCAAAGCUUUGAAUCUGUCCCGAAAACGCCUUCAUUCGACAUGAAAUUCACAACCCAAAUCAGGAUCAAGAACUCAGCCAACUGGGGUUCCUACAAGUUCAAUUCUGCCAAUGUCACGUUUCAAUACCAAGGCGCGACUGUGGGAGUAAUUGAUAUCGCAAAGGGCAAGGUUGGAUGGCUUUCGACCAUAAAAAGAAAUGUGGAGGUGAGUUUGAGUUCAAGUGCAAUAACUGGUUCAAAUCUUGGAAGCGAAUUGAGCAGCGGGGUGUUGACGCUCAACAGCGUGGGCAGAUUGAAUGGAAAAGUUGCAAUUAUGUUCAUAAUGAAGAAGAAGAAGGCUACCAACAUGAACUGCACCAUAGCUUUUGAUGUGGCAGCCAAGAUGCUCAAAUCUUUAGAAUGCAAAUGA